CCGUUGAUGGUCAUCGGGCCGUUACGCAGGUCAUCCUUACUUGACUGUCCGCCAGAAAGCUGGAUAGCUGGAACUGGAACUGGAACGACAGUGUCUGUGAUAUAUGCAGAAUAAUCAUCGCCGUCAUCGUCAGUCAUCAUCGUUGCCACUAGUUAGCCGGGGCAGCAUUACAGCAGCACUCGAAUCAAUUGAGUUUUCCCGAAUGCCAACGUGUGACACGACGUCCUUACUUUGUGUUGCAAUCGCGUAGUAGAGCGUAGACGGAAAAAAUAGAGGGUUAUGUUUGUGUUGACAUAGGACUUGCCCUGUCUAGUGCUUCACACAAAUGGAAGACUUAUUGAAAUUUCGACAACGCUGCGACGUGUGAUAAUCGUGCCACGAUAUCGAAAACAGAGUGCAGUUACGCGAUGGAUAGUAAUCUGACGUACUUCCUGACUGGAGGUGGUUUGUUUGGGGAGAACGCUUCACUGGAUGAAUUCGACCUGAAUGGUAUUGGCGGAAAUAACGAAGUAGUGGGAGUAGGAAAUGAUACCUUUUUCCGCAGCAACUCGACGUGCCCACCGACCAGUAUGCCGAUGGCAUACACGUUAUUCAUGGUCCUGUAUGCUGUUGUGUGUCUAGUCGGCGUCAUGGGAAAUACUUUGGUAAUCUAUGUAGUGUUACGGUUUUCCAACAUGCAGACGGUAACCAAUAUGUACAUUUUGAACCUGGCCAUUGCGGACGAAUGUUUCCUGAUUGGAAUCCCGUUCCUAAUCGCUACAAUGCACAUGCGACGGUGGGUUUUUAGUGGCGCAAUGUGCAAAGCUUAUAUGGUCAGCACAUCGAUUACGCAGUUUACUUCGUCAAUAUUUUUGCUCAUCAUGUCCGCUGACCGGUACAUUGCUAUUUGUCAUCAUAUAUCGUCACCAAAAUACCGAACGCCGUUCGUAUCACGCGUUGUGUCGAUCCUAGCGUGGGUGGUAUCGGCCCUAAUCAUGCUACCAAUAAUGCUUUAUGGCGAAAGUAUCGAGGUUGGGCCCAACACCUACUCCUGCCAGAUUGUGUGGCCAGAAAAGUUUGCAGGAUGGGAAGGAGGAGAGGCUUUCACAGUUUACUCAUUAUUGCUCGGCUUUGCCAUUCCGUUGGUUUUCAUCAUGACGUUUUACUGUUUGGUGAUAAGAAAGCUGCACAACGUUGGACCUAAAAAUAGGGACAAAUCACGCGGAAAACGAAGGUCCCAUAGAAAGGUAACCAAGCUGGUACUCACCGUAAUCACCGUUUACAUCCUUUGCUGGUUACCGUACUGGAUCUCGCAGGUGGCUCUAAUAACGUCACCCCUAGAUUCCUGCCAAACACGGUUGGAUAUCAUUCUCUUCCUGCUGGUGGGCUGUCUGGGCUACAUAAACUCAGCCAUCAAUCCAAUUCUCUACGCGUACCUUAGUGAAAAUUUUAAGAAGAGCUUCCUAAAGGCUUGUACCUGUGCUGCACGGGCCGAAGUGAAUGCCCAGCUGAAACUAGAAAACAGUGUCAUGCCCAAGCGUUCCCGGACGCGCACUAACUCCGACACGACCCAGCUGACUACAUCAAAGGUCCAGCAUAGGCUGUUGGUGGACCCAACUACGACGGCCACUACGACAACGACUGCAGCUUCGACUGUAUCCUCGCGGAAUCCCAGCCCACCACCUGUCCAAAGGAGCUUAUUGAAUUAUAACAACAACUGCAGCCACAACAGUGCAACUAGUGUUAAUCAUAGCGGGAACAAUGCAAAGAAUUGCAACAACGAGCUCCGGUCGGAACCGACCAAUGCCCAUAAUAAUAAUAAUGAUAGUAACUCGGUGGCAUUAAAUGCCCACAGCAGUACAGCUGAAUUAGUGCAAUUGUCUUAAGCAGGAUAUUUGCUAGAAUACUACUGAAUCGUUACGAUCAGUGAAUAGUUACGAACAAAAAAAAGAACAGAUAAAAUUUGUAGAAAAACUGAACUUAUGUGGUUUAAA